AUGGCAGGUGACAAGGAGGUCUGUGACUGGGCGUCAGCUGGUGUUCCGUUCCUUGGAGAGGAUGUCACCCGGCGGUCGGGUAUAGGCCCCACGUUAUCGGGGAGGGUCAAGCUGGAGAGGGUACCUGAUGUCGGCGUCUCUCUCCCCAUCCGGCAUACACUGGAGUGUGGGAGAUGCGGUGGAUCCGCUGCCUCCGGUUGCCGAAUAUUUCUCAUAUCACUUGUGACUGGACGUGGGUAUAGAAACUGCAUUCAAAGAUUUGAGAGUAAUGAUACUUUCAUUUGUGUAAAUCGUUUUAACUUGACCAUAAGGAGACUGGUGUUUGAUCUACCCCCCUAUACACAGGAUCUCACUAUAUCAUAUAACACCAUCAACGAGCUGCCUCGUGAUAGUUUUCGAAAUCUAACCCGCCUAAAGUAUCUCCAAUUAGAUAAUAACAAGUUAAGCAUCCUCAAACCCGGAGCUUUCAGUAACUUGACUGUUUUGAAUUACUUGAACUUGUCCUAUAACAACAUAAACAGUCUGUCCAGGGGGGUCUUUGAAGGACUUGAACAUUUAGCAAACCUCUAUCUUCAGCAGAACUCAAUUGCAUUCUUAGACCUUGAUGUCUUUGUCCCACUCUUUAGUUUAAAAAGUCUCAACCUGUCAGAAAACCAAUUGUCCAAUUUCUCAGAAGUCGUUGACUCCAUUCAACCAUUGCAGGAACUAAAGAUUCUUAUGCUGUGCAGUAAUAACAUCAGAUUCUUAAAUCAUAUUAAAAGACUUCCCAGCAAUUUAUCCACAAUUUUCCUUUGCAAAAACAAAUUACAGGAUUUGGAAUGCCACCAUGAAUUAUUUCAAAACACCUCUUAUCUUGACCUCUCAUACAAUAACAUAAGCACAUCCUCCAUGCAAAAUAUAAACCUGAGUAAGGUUAAUUUUCUAUCAGUGGCAUAUAAUCAUUACUUUGAUGUACUGAAAUAUUUGGACAAUUCCACCAUAAAGCCUGAGAACAUUGAUUAUUCUGGAUUAAAUUUAAGCAAUCCCACUAAAUUAAGCCAAGUAUGCCAACAUUUAAGAGGCAGAAACAUUUCUAGCUUAAACUUGCUUGGAAACCAAAUUCAGUACUUGUCGGAAAAUAUUCUCGAAAGCUGCAGCCUGAGUAAAACCGUGGAUUUAUCAAGGAAUAGACUUAAAAACAUGAUUUGUUUGAAGUUCCUGGAACCUCUUAGACUGGAAUCAUUAAUUGUGGAACAUAAUCUCCUGAAGCAACUCAUAAAUUGCUCGGGCGCUCCUAAGUUUCCAAAUCUCAAGUCAAUCUCAUUUAGAUAUAACAGAAUAUGGUCAGUAGAUGCCAACGCAUUUGCCUUUUCUCCUAAUCUAGAAGAACUGAAAUUAAAUAUCAAUAAUAUACUUUUUUUGACUAGUAAUACAUUUUGGGGCUUAACAAAGCUUAAGUCACUGCGCUUGGAUAAUAACUUAAUAACUGAUCUAUACCAAAGCACAUUUAGAAGUUUAAAAGAGCUUACAAGUCUCAAUCUCCGUAAUAAUCGAGUGUCAGUUAUUUUUAAGGACGUGUUCUAUUAUCUAACUAACCUAACUAUCUUGGAUCUUGGCGGUAACAAGAUCACGCAGGUUAAAAUCGGAGCAUUUAAUGGUCUCAAAAGCCUUUCCAAAUUAUACCUUGACAGAAACCAGAUUAAAACAAUUACAGAAGAGACAUUUAGGGAUGUAGCGGUAACAUUACAAGUUCUCGAUCUGAUGGCCAAUCAACUGCGUUUUGAAUCAUCAAGACAGAAUUCCUCUCCCUUUUCAGAACUUCAUAAUGUUUAUGAUCUGAAACUUCAGGCUCAGCAACCAUUUGGUCUAACUGUCGUCCCCAGAAAUUUCUUUAGAGGAUUGACCUCCCUUCAAGCUCUUUAUUUGUCACAAAAUCGGCUUACACAUUUAAGUCCUGAUACAUUUCAUGGACUCAACCAGUUGAGGUACCUCAAUUUGGGAGAUGAUUGCAAUGGCAUCCAAAAUCUCCCACCAGGAAUUUUUAGUAACCUAACCAAUUUACAGGUUUUGGACCUUGAAAACAUGUGCCUACAGACAUUGGACUCGGAAGUCUUUUUAAACCUUACUGGUCUCAGAAGACUCCAGUUGGCCAAGAAUGCUUUAAGGACAAUACAUAUUGACCUAUUACAAAACUUGACCAACUUGCAGUAUCUUGAUUUAUGGAAGUGCCCACUGACAUGCACCUGUGAUAAUGCAGAGCUACAAAACUGGCUGAUAAAGUCUUCACCACAGAUUGUGAAUGUCUAUAAUUUGACAUGUGCCAAUGAUCCAAAUUCUUAUUUUCAUAAUUUUGACACCCGAGUCUGUGAUGUUAUUCUCAAACUAAGACUGUUUUGCUGUAGCUUUGUUUUAGUGUUACUCAUCAUGAUCAUACCAAUUGUCUACAACAAGUCUUACUGGCGCAUCCGAUACAACUACUUCCUUUUCCUUUCUUGGCUGCACGAGCGAUGGAAUUCAGACAAAGAUCUUUAUAAGUAUGAUGCUUUUGUUUCCUACAAUGCCAAGGAUGAAGAAUGGGUGUAUCAGUACAUGUUGCCUAUGCUAGAAAAUAAUAGUUCAUCCAACGGACUUCGUCUUUGUCUUCACCAUCGAGACUUUCAGUUGGGCAGGUACAUCAUAGACAACAUCGUGGAGAGUAUUCACAGUAGUCGAAAAACUCUCUGUGUGGUGAGCAGGAGCUACCUUAAAAGUGAAUGGUGCUCUUUGGAGAUGCAGCUGGCUAGUUAUAAACUGUUUGAUGAAAUGAGGGAUGUUCUUGUCCUGAUAUGUUUGGAGAACAUUCCGGACAGGGAGCUCUCUACCUACCACAGAAUGAGGAAAGUGAUGCUGAAAAAGACAUACAUUCAAUGGCCUAAAGAGCCUGAGGCACAAAAACUUUUUUGGGCUAAACUUAUUAAAGCACUAAAGGGCUCCACUACAGAGGAUGUUGAAGAUUCUUUGUUAAGUACUGAUGAACAAACAACUCUUAUAUCAAGAUGAUUUUAU